UCUUUCUCCCGCACAGGAACAAAAAUGAGCGGGAGAAUUUGUGUUGUUGUUGUGGGCCAAAUACAGCGACGGACGUUGUGAAAGAUAUUAAUAUUUUCUGUGAGAUAUUAACAAUUUAAUACUUAAUUUUCACCACUGUUUUGAAAGUAAAGCUAUCGCAAAUGCAAAAUUAGCAUCACGACCUGCCGAACUGCCUAAACAAAGAAGAGUGUAAUGUCAGCGCGAAUGGCGGUCGGCUCCCAGUCACGGGCAUGUUGGGAUUGAAACGAGAACCGGACUCUCUGCGCGUUUAAGAGCUUCACCGGCGGACACAGGUUUUCUUUAAUCAGGGGUGAACACGAUGUCCCAGAUCAAAGCCAAAAAGAAACUUCAUUAUUAUCAAGGACAUGAAAUAGUCAAUUCUGAAUACAAGAUCGAUAAGGUUUUGACCCUGCAUGAGAUCGACAAUCUCUUCGAUGACAUUGAUGCUGACUCUGAGCUGGGUUUGCCUCUGCUUUCGCCUUUGCCCAAAAACACUGGUAUGAAUAGUCAGAAGAAAAGUGAAAGUUCUUCUGAUCCAGAAAAGAUGAAUGCAUCACCUCAGCAGGUGCUCAAGGAUGCUUUAAUCCAAGAAAAUGGCAUUCAAGAAGAUGAAAUGAUUGAAAAAGAGAAUCCAUUUAAAGAGCUUGCUCCCAUAAAGACGUCCAGCCCUAUUACUUUGACGACGGAGAGGGAUGAAACGGUGGAUGGAGUCAGACCUGUGGCUGAUCCUCUUUUCUUUGUUGAGGAUGAGGAACCCAUUGGUGGAGACCUAAGCAAGGCGUCCUGUACUCAGCCAUCAGAACCGGUCAAAGAACCCAUUAAUGGGGAUAGCGACUCUCUGGCUUCACCACCGGAAAGGCUUGAGCUUAGAAAAACUACAAAAGCAACUGCUGGUUCUUUAUCAAGUAUUAAGCCUGCGAAAACCACUAAAGUGUUAGAGCAAGCCACACAGUCCCAUCCAGAAACUGAAUGUUUAACAAUGGAAAAAGAUCCAAGUCAACUUUCUCCUGAUUUGGUUCAGAAUAGUGAACCAAAACUUCAAGAGGAUGAGCAAGGCGAGAAUCAGAUGGGGGAUCGUCGCAAAGGAUUGUCUUUCCAGCAUAAACUUAAAAAGGCGUUGAUGGUUAAAUCCCCACGGAAGCCAGCAGCAGCCCCUGCUCUUACGCCUGUAGAUUUAGAGGAGGAUUUCAUGAUCCUAGACGACGAAGCUCCUGUUCUUUUUCUCAUCCCUCGCAAGGCAGAGGUCAGCAGGAACAAAAAAACUGUCCCAGCAGAUACCUCAAAGGAAGAAGUUCUUACAGAGCGACACUCUACAGAACAGCUCUCACAGAGUGAAACAGAUAUGACUGAUCAGCAUGGGAAGGGUGCUAAAAGAAACACAGCGCAAAUUGAGUCUGGUAAACAAAAACCGAAAGGGAAACGUGGAAAAGCUACAAAAAGGAGUGGCAAAGGCUCUGUGACUCAUGAUAGUGUUGAGGAUGGAGCAGCCCUUGUAACCGAAACGCUGGAGGACAGAGUUUCUGAUCAGACCUCUUCUCAAACUGUACAGGGACAAAAAACUGUGUCAACAGGUAAGAAACGUGCAAACAGCAAGCUGACACCUGCUAAACUUUCUGACAAAGAUGAAACGAAUACAGGUGGCAGCCAAGAAAUCCUGGUUCCUGAGUCCAGAGCCACAAAGAAAUCUUCAAAUUCAUCUAAACAGGACAGACCUGGGCCAAAAGCUAUGAAGGAAUCCAAUAAAGACAAUGCUACAGCAAAUCACUGCUCCACAAAAUCCAACAAAAAAAGAAAGAAAAACAAAAAGGAGGAAACUAAGAUAAAAAAGCGAACCUCUAGACAACAAAUAGAGUUGGAACAGAUGGAUCCUUCCUGUGAGGAGCAAGAGCAUGAACCUUCACCUGCCCUGAUUGAGCGAAAGGAGAAACAAACGUCAGCUGUAAAUAAACGAUCUUCACACAAGGAAGACGCUGUGGAUCCAGGCAAGAAACAGAAAACAAAAAAGGUGGAACCAAAACCACAGGAUCCACCAACAAUAGCAUCCGACAUUUCUUCAGACAGUCCUAUGUGUUUUAAAAGGAAAAGGAGACCACCAGGAGAGUGGUGGGUCACUAGCCCGAAUGAAAGUACCAUAGAGCCCCAGCCAAAGCAAGUGUUGGAUACAGCACAAAAAAACAGUACUAAAGCAUCAACAAAGCAAGCAUCUGCUGUUGAUUCUGAGGAAACACAGUCUAUCAGACCUGCCAAGGUGAAUCAGAAAAAACAGAAAACUCCCAAUGUAUUGGACAGUGCUAAAAAGCUAAUAUCAUGUGAUGAUGGACAUAAUGCUGGAGCUGAGCAGAAGACUGCUAAGAAAACAGGGGGUCGAAGGAAACCAAAAUCACUAGCCACUCAACCUCAAGUGGCUUGUCCGAAUGAAAAUGAUGCUGAGAUUAGUCCAGAAUUUUGUAGUCCUAACAGGCAGCACAGUCUCCUUAAAGGUGAGAAGAGAGUGUUUGACUGGGUCUACUCACGUGAAUGUGGAUCUGCACAGAAACAAACUUCAUCUUCUCUGAAAAGACCGGACCGUUCUGUGUCAGACAACGUUCCACAGAAAAGACAAAGAAAAGCUACUUCCAAUUGGUGGGAAGCGCUGCAGUCUCAGGAACCAGUCGAUGAGCUUCCCACACCUUGCAGUCUUCCUCCACAAAAGUCCAAACCAACAAAUACUCCACUUCGUGGUGUGAUUAAUAAGGAUGGAAAUUCAAUGAAAUCACAAAAAACUAAAAAUCACACCAGGAACCUAAAAAGAAACAUCAACACGCCAAAAUCAAUCAAACGAUCUUUAGCCUCAAUGAAUGCCAUUUUCGCUUCUGAAAAACCUGAAAACUUGGUAAAUAGUGGACUGAGGUGCAGGAAACAGGGACGCAGAAACCUUCUUCACUCUCUUGAGGACCAGUCUGAUCACUCGAGUGAGAAUAUGGCCCAAAGCGAUGAUCAGCUGCAGGGAAACAGCCAUGCCUCUUUUGGUUUCACCAGUGGUGUUACUGUGGAGCCGUCAGGGACAAGGAACAAAAAAAGUGUCAGAGUAUCUAGUGGACCCAACACGUUAUCUGAUGUUGAUGUUGCUUUCAGAAGUGGCCCGUCAUCAAUGCUUGAGCUUCAGCAACAUGAAGAUGAUGACGACGUUGACUUGCCAUCGUCCAGAGUGAUGCCACAUGUGCGGCAGGCUCCACGGGUGUUGGCUCUCUGUGAUCUCUGUGGGCCUCCACUGCAGCCUAUCGUCCUGGAGGAAGAAGAUUGGAACAACCUGCACGAGUGGUUCUCUCACCUGUGGCCCCCAGCCUCUAAAGACGGACGAGUUAUUAGUCCUGAUGACUUCCACUGGCACUCUCAUGGAGGCCGAGCAAUGGGCCAUGUGGUUGACCUCCAGAGUCAGUCUUUCUCACAUGGAAAGAUACUGCUGGGGUCGUUCAUGAAGAAACCCUCACAGGUGGAUCUUGAUACGGUUUCCGUAUUCAGCAUUAUUUCAAGUUGUGUGCGUGUGGAUAUUGAUGGUGUGAAGUCGGUCUACAAUUCCGGACAAGUGUUUAUGAUACCUUCUGGACAAAUGUACAGCAUUCAGAACCUCUGUCAGGAGCCUGCAGUGCUGAUUUAUCACAGGACACAGUCAAGUGACACACAGAGCUGAGUGCCAUUUCGGCUUCCAUCAGUCUCUUUAAAAUAUUCAGCUGUAUAUAUUUUUUUUUAAAAGACAAAUGUGUAGAUGAUUGUUUAAACAUGCCAUGCAAGUGUAGUUGCCUAGCAAAGCUCAUAAAUGCUAGUCGUUUUGUGUAAAUAGCUUCAAGAAAAUGUUAACCUUAAAAAUAACUUGAUUUUAUAAUGCUCUUUGAAAAGCUUUUCAAAACCGCGGUCUUACUGAUAUACAGGUACAUUUUUGUCUAUUGAAUUCUCAGCAGAAAGCAGCUGUGUAGGUAUUGAGAACAGAAAUUGUUGGGUUGUCAGCAGGGGUCAGCAGAUCCUCUGCUUUGUUAGAUUGCUGUGCAUGUCCAAAUGUUCCUCUCCUUUAUGCUCAGAAGUAGCGCUGUUUAUUUGAGGUGCAUGUAAAAGAAAGGUAAAAUCUCAUUUUUAUUAGCAACCGCUUCAUUUAUAGUCGAUCGGUAUAUUGUCAUGUGAUUACACUGUAUUUGUGUUUGUAAUAUUGAUUCUUCUACUGCUGUUUGGAAAUGUAUUUAUGUAUAGACUUUCCCUUUUGUUGUGUUUUACAUUCCAUCAAAGAGGUACAGAAGCUACUGUGCGCGUGCAAGUAAAAAUGUAUUUGAGAAAGAAAAAU